AUGCGCCCCGCCCCCAACAGAACCAUCUGCCGUCCAACCCCAAUCAUCAAAUUGGAGUGGAACUCACCCUGGGCCUUAGUGCCCGCCUCCCUUGCUAUGCUAGGUAUCCUAGCAACCAGUGCUGUGGUCAUAACCUUCAUCCGUUUCAAUGACACACCAAUCGUCAGGGCAUCAGGGAGAGAGCUCAGCUACGUUCUGCUGACAGGUAUCUUCCUGAUCUACUUGAUCACGUUCCUGAUGAUUGCAGAACCAGGUGUGGUGAUGUGUGCGUUCCGGCGCCUGGUGCUAGGCCUCGGCAUGGCCAUCACCUACUCCGCCAUGUUAACCAAGACCAAUCGCAUCUACCGCAUCUUUGAACAGGGCAAGAGGUCGGUGACGCCACCCAAAUUCAUCAGCCCCACCUCUCAACUAGUCAUCACCUUCAUCCUCAUCUCUGUCCAGGUCCUCGGUGUUUUUGUGUGGUUUGCUGUUGUUCCUCCUCACACCAUCAUUGACUACGAGGAACUCCGCCCCCCAAAUCCAGACCUGGCCCGGGGUAUCCUGAAAUGUGAUAUGUCCGAUCUCUCAAUCAUCUGCUGCCUCAGCUACAGCAUCGUUCUUAUGGUGACAUGUACGGUGUAUGCGGUGAAGAGUCGCGGUGUUCCGGAGACGUUCAACGAAGCAAAGCCCAUCGGCUUCACCAUCUCAGUCUACCGAGAAGGUGGUGGUCGUAAUGGCUACAGCAGAGGAGAGGAUGGAGAGGAUGGAGGUGGGGAGGAGGAAGAAGAGGAAGAGGGAGGAGAGGGGGGAGGAGGAGAAAAGGAAGGAAGUGAGGAGUGGGAUGAGGAGCUGGAUGGAGGGAAUGAGGGCGGAGUCAGGAUGACGAGAACUGAUACCCUUCACUCAACCACGAGUUCCACUGGAACACAGAGAAGACGAGGACAGCACGCCAAGAAACAGGUGCAGGGCAGUAAUCAGGUCCAGAGAGCUCCACGAGCGUUGUUCUGUCUGAAACUCAACAACCCAAUCAGACGCGCUGCACUGUCUAUCGUCGAGUGGAAACCGUUCGACAUCUUCAUCCUGUUGGCCAUCUUUGCUAACUGCGUGGCUCUGGGAGUCUCCAAGCCAUUUCCAGAGGAUGACUCCAACUCCACCAACCACGACCUGGAACAAGUGGAGUAUGUCUUCCUCAUCAUCUUCACUGUGGAGACCUUCCUGAAGAUCCUAGCCUACGGUCUGGUGAUGCAUCCCAGCUCUUACAUCCGGAACGGCUGGAACCUGCUGGACUUCGUUAUUGUCAUUGUCGGGCUCUUCAGCGUUGUCCUGGAAACGAUGACUCAUAAGUCGGGUGAGCAAGCGACCUCUCAUCACGUGCCAGGGAAACCUGGAGGUCUGGACGUCAAAGCUCUGAGAGCCUUUAGAGUCCUGCGGCCCCUCAGACUGGUUUCUGGAGUUCCCAGUCUGCAGAUCGUGUUGAACUCCAUCAUGAAGGCGAUGGUUCCUCUGCUUCAUAUUGCCCUGCUGGUCCUCUUUGUCAUCAUCAUCUACGCCAUCAUCGGCCUGGAGCUCUUCAUUGGCCGGAUGCACAGAACCUGCUACUACAUUGGAACCGAUAAUUACGUGGAGGACGAGCCAGUGCCAUGUGCGUUCGCCGGUCAUGGCCGUCAGUGCAUUGUGAACGGGUCUGAAUGUCGGGGCGGGUGGGACGGGCCCAACGGUGGCAUCACCAACUUCGACAAUUUCUUCUUCGCCAUGUUGACGGUGUUUCAGUGCAUCACCAUGGAGGGGUGGACAGACGUGCUGUACUGGAUGAACGAUGCCAUCGGAUUCGAGCUGCCGUGGGUUUAUUUCGUCAGUUUGGUGAUCUUUGGCUCCUUCUUUGUUCUGAACCUGGUUCUGGGAGUCCUCAGCGGAGAGUUCAGUAAAGAGCGAGAAAAGGCAAAAGCUCGUGGAGAUUUCCAGAAGCUUCGGGAGAAGCAGCAGAUGGAGGAGGAUCUCUGUGGAUACAUGGACUGGAUCACUCAGGCCGAGGACAUGGAUGAGCUGGACGAAGACGGAGAUGGACGGCCGAGUCUGGGCGAUCUGUCCGAUAAGAAGAGGGGGAAGUUUGGAUGGUUCAGUCACUCCAACGAUACUCAUGCAAGUCUUCCAGCCAGCGAGACGGCGUCUGAAAACACUGAAAACAUCGAUGAGGAACACACCAACUGCUGCCAAGCCUGCUGCUCUCGGAUGAUGAAGGUCGCUUGCUGUCGAACCUUGCGCCGCUGGAACCGAGUCUGCCGCAGGAACUGUCGCACCGCUGUCAAAUCAGUGACUUUCUAUUGGCUGGUGCUUCUGCUCGUCUUCCUCAACACCUCCCUCAGCGCCUCCGAGCACUACAACCAACCCGUGUGGCUGACAGAAGUCCAGGACAUCGCCAACAAGGUGCUGCUGUCCCUCUUCACGGUGGAGAUGUUGCUGAAGAUGUACAGUUUGGGUUUAGCUCAUUACUUCACGGCCUUCUUCAACCGCUUCGACUGUUUUGUGGUGUGCGGCGGCAUCAUGGAGACCAUCCUGGUGGAGAUGGACAUCAUGCCUCCUCUGGGAAUCUCGGUGCUCCGCUGCGUCCGCCUGCUGAGGAUCUUUAAGGUCACCCGCCAUUGGACGGCUCUGUCCAACCUGGUGGCGUCCCUGCUGAACUCCAUGAAGUCUAUCGCCUCGCUGCUGCUCCUCCUCUUCCUCUUCCUCAUCAUCUUUGCUUUGCUCGGCAUGCAGCUGUUCGGAGGAAAGUUCAACUUUGACGAGACGCAGACCAAACGCAGCACCUUUGACGCCUUCCCCCAGGCGCUGCUCACCUGCUUCCAGAUCCUGACAGGUGAAGACUGGAAUGUCGUCAUGUACGACGGCAUCAUGGCGUAUGGUGGACCCGUGUUUCCAGGGAUGAUCGUCUGCGUUUACUUUGUCAUCCUCUUCAUCUGUGGUAACUAUAUCCUGCUGAAUGUCUUCUUGGCCAUUGCUGUGGACAAUCUGGCCGGAGGAGACGGCGACGACAAGAACAAAGAGAAGAAGAAGGAGGGAACAGAGGAGGGCCCUGAAGAAGGAGAAGUGAAGGUGGACAUCGAUGAAGACACCGAGUACGAGGAAGAGGAGGAGGAGCUCCCCGAAGGAGAUGAAGAAGGAGGAGUCCAGCUGAAGAUGGCCGACCUCGCGCCUCCUAAAGAAAAAGUUCUGCCCAUCCCUGAUGGAAGCGCCUUCUUCUGCCUCAGCAAAACAAACCCAAUCCGUGUAGGCUGCCACACUCUGAUCCACCACCACAUCUUCACCAACCUCAUCCUCGUCUUCAUCAUCCUCAGCAGCUGCUCAUUGGCCGCCGAGGAUCCAAUCAGAGCUCAUUCCUUCAGGAACAACAUUCUGGGGUAUGCAGACUACGCCUUCACGUCCAUCUUCACCGUGGAGAUCCUGCUGAAGAUGACGGUCCACGGGGCGUUCCUCCAUCAGGGCUCCUUCUGCAGGAACUGGUUCAACCUGCUCGACCUGCUGGUCGUCAGCGUCUCUCUGGUCUCCUUCUUCCUGCACUCCAGCGCCAUUUCUGUGGUGAAGAUUCUCCGAGUCCUCCGGGUGCUUCGACCUCUGCGAGCCAUCAACAGGGCCAAAGGACUGAAGCAUGUGGUCCAGUGCGUGUUUGUGGCCAUCAGGACCAUCGGGAACAUCAUGAUUGUCACCACGCUGCUGCAGUUCAUGUUCGCCUGUAUCGGCGUGCAGCUCUUCAAGGGUAAAUUUUACCGAUGCACUGACGAGGCCAAACACACUCCUGAACAGUGCAAAGGGACAUUUGUGGUCUAUAAGGAUGGAGACGUGAGCCAUCCGAUGGUCCGGGAGCGGAUCUGGCUGAACAGUGACUUUAACUUCGACAACGUGCUGAUGGGGAUGAUGGCGCUCUUCACCGUCUCCACCUUUGAGGGCUGGCCUGCGCUGCUGUACAAAGCCAUCGACGCCAACGGAGAGAACUCUGGUCCCAUCUACAACUACCGAGUGGAGAUCUCUAUCUUCUUCAUUGUCUACAUCAUCAUCAUCGCCUUUUUCAUGAUGAACAUCUUUGUGGGUUUCGUCAUCAUCACCUUCAGAGAGCAGGGAGAGCAGGAGUACAAGAACUGUGAGCUGGACAAGAACCAGCGUCAAUGUGUGGAGUACGCCCUGAAGGCUCAGCCUCUGAAACUUUACAUCCCAAAGAAUCCAGUCCAGUAUAAGUUCUGGUCCAUCAUCAACUCGACCGGAUUUGAAUACGUCAUGUUUGUCCUGAUUCUGCUCAACACCGUCACUCUGGCAGUUCAGCACUACGAACAGUCCAAAACCUUCAGCUACAUCAUGGACAUCCUCAACAUGGUCUUCACUGGACUCUUCACCGUGGAGAUGCUGCUGAAGCUGCUGGCUCUCAGGCUCCGGCACUACUUUGUAGACCCCUGGAACUCCUUUGAUGCUCUGAUUGUGGUCGGCAGUGUGGUCGACAUCGUCGUCACUGAGUUCAGUAGUGGAGAGGACAGUUCCCGGGUGUCCAUUACCUUCUUCCGCCUGUUUCGAGUGAUGCGAUUGGUCAAGCUACUGAGCAAAGGGGAAGGGAUUCGUACACUUCUGUGGACUUUCAUCAAAUCACUGCAGGCGCUGCCAUAUGUCGCUCUGCUCAUCGCCAUGAUUUUCUUCAUCUAUGCUGUCAUCGGCAUGCAGACGUUUGGAAAGAUAGCCAUGCAGGAUUACACUCAGAUCAACAGAAACAACAACUUCCAGACUUUUCCUCAGGCUGUCCUUCUCCUCUUCAGGUGUGCCACAGGUGAGGCAUGGCAGGAGAUCAUGUUGGCCAGUCUUCCAGGUAAACGCUGCGACCCAGAGUCAGACUACGAACCAGGAGAGGAGUUCACCUGCGGCAGUAACUUCGCCAUUGUUUAUUUCAUCAGUUUCUUCAUGCUUUGUGCUUUCCUGAUCAUUAACCUGUUCGUUGCCGUCAUCAUGGAUAACUUUGACUACCUGACACGUGAUUGGUCAAUUCUGGGGCCACAUCAUCUGGAUGAGUUCAAGAGGAUCUGGUCUGAGUACGAUCCAGAGGCAAAAGGUCGGAUCAAACAUCUGGACGUGGUGGCUCUGCUCCGGAGGAUUCAGCCUCCUCUGGGAUUUGGGAAGCUGUGUCCACACAGAGUGGCCUGUAAGCGUCUGGUUGCCAUGAACAUGCCUCUGAAUGCUGAUGGGAUGGUGACCUUCAACGCCACGCUCUUUGCUCUGGUUCGCACCGCGCUCAAGAUCAAGACCGAAGGUAACCCUGACCAGGAGAACGAGGAGCUGAGGGUGAUCAUCAAGAAGAUCUGGAAGAGAAUGAAGCCAAAGCUGCUGGAUGAAGUCAUACCACCACACGAAGAGGAGGAAGUCACUGUUGGAAAGUUUUAUGCAACUUUCCUGAUCCAGGAUUACUUCAGGAAGUUCAGGAAGAGGAAAGAGAAAGGAGACCUGACCGGAGAGUCCGACACCACCAACCCAUCUGCUGUCCAGCUUUGUAAAGCUGGUCUGAAGACGCUACAAGAUCUGGGUCCAGAGAUGCGUCUGGCUCUGAAUGAAGACCUGGAGGAAGAGGAGGAGGCCAUGAUGGAGGAUGAGGAGCUGGAGGAGAAUGCUGCAUACAAGAAUGAAAACGGGUUUGCAGCAGAGACAGAACGACGAGGCUCCCUACUGACACCUACUGGUUCUGGUGGGAUGUUGGGCGACAGCAGCACCUCUAAUGGUGGUUUGAUCCAUCGGGUUGGUUCUCUCACCAAGGUGGCAAAUGGGAACGAACAUAACGAACAUCAGUGCAGCAAAAACAGCUUUAGAUCAUCUUUCAAUCAUCAUCACCGCCGCCCAUCUGCGAAGAACGGAAUACUGGACCAUGCUCACAAAAGACCGUCGUACUACAAACACGGAAGGAGGGACUCGAGGGACAGAUCCUGGAGGAACGGAGACAUGGAGACAUACGGAGAGAAGGGUUACUACAGCAGAGAGGAUGACAAUGAGAGCAUAACUUCCAGAGACAGAGACCACUACGAUGGCCACAGCCUCUACACCAACAGUAGCUAUGGUAAUGGUUACAGCGAGGGCAGGAGGACAACCCGACGGCGCCUGCUUCCUGCCACGCCUACUGGUCGGAAGCCGUCCUUUAACAUUCAGUGUCUGAGGCGUCAGGGCAGCAGUGACGACCUUCCCAUCCCGGGGACGUACCACCCGACAUCACCACCACGCCAUGCACGUUCUCAGCUUUUCAACAGCUACGACUCCCGCCGCUCCUUGGGGCGCUCGACGGCAACCUCUUCGGCGUCCUGGGCCAACCCUUGUCCUCGCCGCGGUCGCCUCCUCUACGCUCCUCUCAUCCUGGUGGAAGAGGAGGAAGGCAGUCCACCGUGGGGGGGUGGAGCAGGAGGCCCUGGUGGUGAGGGGAAGAAGGGAGGAGCAGGAAGAGGUGUUAGUGUGACAGGUGCAGCACCCAGACCGGCCUGGUACGGUGAUCCUGCAGGGACGGCAGCUCCACCCCCAUACCGGGCAUACACCACCCUCAGAGUUCCCACCCAGCUUGGUGCUCAGUUUACAGAGAAACGAGGAUCAGCUGACAGCCUGGUAGAGGCGGUUCUGAUCUCAGAAGGACUCGGUCUUUAUGCUCGGGAUCCAAAGUUUGUGGCAUUUGCAAAGCGGGAAAUCGCAGACGCGUGUCACAUGACGGUGGAUGAGAUGGAGUCAGCUGCCAGCGACCUGCUCGGCUCGGGGACCCACGGCUUCCUCAGCAACGUCACUGACCCCACCGCCUUCUACAGCGAUGAGGAGCCAAUCAGGACCAGCCGGGACGAGGACGAGCUAGCUGAUGAGAUGACCUGUGUGACAUCAUUCUGAAGCUCUGGACUAAUCAGCUAGAGAGGGACUGCAGGAGGAGGGGAAUCCGGGGUCAACAGGAAUGAUGUCUGAACAACUCAUCGGUCAGAAAAAGAAGGCGGAGCUUAAUUCAAGAAACCGAUGAGUGCAGUUCUGUAUGAGGAGGCAGAGAUCACUGUUGAAUCCAGAGAUGGAGACGAGGUUCGAGAGGAGGAAACAAGGACUGCAUGGUGUCAGAUGUAAGGAAGGAUGAAAACUGAAAGAAAAUGGAAGAAAGAGGGGAAAACAAAGAGAACGAAGAAGUAAAAAUCAGACGGAUGGAAGCAGGCAUAAAUGAAGCGUAGGAUGGAGCAAUGAGAUGGAGGCUGCGAGG